AUGUAUCCUCCAAGCAACAAUAACUGCAACUACAGCCCAAUUUUGUCUUCUUUCAUAUGCCAAAAUAUUCCAUCUUCUCCUUGUAUGCAAUACGAACACGAACUAUACUUUCAAAACUUCAAUCAUGAUGACCAAUAUUAUUUUCAACUACAGCAACAAGUUCCCUUGAUAGAUGACUUGAGUCCUCACGUCUUAGCUGACAGCUGCACUGAGACUGUUACUAAGCCUUCAAAUUGCAAUCACGUACUAGAAGGAAUGGAAGAAGGCCGAGGCGGAAACAAAGGAGAUGAUGUUGUUAUGAGUAGCAGAAUUAGUAUUAUUAGUGGACGGAUCUCGAAAAACAAUAAGAGAUCUUCCAAUAAGGAUCGACACAGCAAGAUCAACACGGCUCGUGGUCCAAGAGAUCGAAGGAUGAGACUUUCACUUGAUGCUGCUCGCAAGUUUUUCCGUUUGCAGGACUUAUUGGGAUUUGAUAAGGCCAGCAAAACUGUAGAAUGGUUGCUUACUCAAUCGGAUUCCGCAAUUGAAGAGCUCGUCGCCGUUAAAGGCAAUGAUGCUCAGGUUCCUCAGCAAACUAGCUGCAAUACCCCCACUACUACUACUGGAAUUGGUGCAAUUUGUGCAUCUAAUUCUAUUUCUGAGUCAUGUGAAGUUAUAUCAGGAACUGAUGAAACUUCCUCUAAUGACAAAAACAAGGAAACUACUGCUAAAGAUGAGAAGGAGAAAAAGAAGAAGCCGGUUAACACAGCUCGUAGACCUGCGUUUGAACCUCUUACAAAGGAAUCAAGGAAUCAAGCAAGAGCCAGGGCUAGAGAGAGAACAAAAACAAAGAAAAUGAGCCAAGUUGGAAAAUCCAAAUCCCCAGCUCAUGAUUUGAACCCUUCAGGAUCUCGGAGGCCGGCUAAUAGAACUUGUGAAGAACCUGGAACACAUGAACAACACACCUUCCAUCAUGUUGAUGACAGUAGUUUUGUGGUUAAUGGAAAUUGGAAUCCAUUUACAAUCUUCACUUCUCAUGAACAAUAUGCUGGAAUUUCCAAUGAGCAUCAAUUAGUUACAGACUUGCAAUUUUAUGGAAAGCUGUGGGAAAGCUAGGGCAAGGAAAUUCGAAGCGGACAAAGUUCCUUCUUCAUUUUGUGCUUACUCGGCCGAGCAGAAGAACGUUUCCGGCCUGUAUCUGUUGGUAAAUGUAACAUACAUUUCUACUUUUUAAGUGUGUUUUUCUUUUGUGAAAGAACUUCAUGUGCAGAUAGCCUAUGUUUUUUUUUUGAA